AAAGUUUCGCGGCUAUCUGCCCCCAAUUUCUCAUUCUUCUUCUUCAACUUCGUCGUCUUCUUCUUUUUUCUCAACCACUGCCACUAUCUUUCAGUUCCAGUGCUGCUCAAAUGCGCUCUCACUCCAUCGCUCAGAACCUGGACUAGCUCUAAUCGGCGUGCAAACACUCCUCCAGAGGUAACUAAGGAAGUUAGCCAUGGCCCCAUCAAGAAAAUCAAGGAGUGUAAAUAAGCGGUUUUCUUAUAUGAAUGAGGCUGCUUCUAACAAGUAUGGAGAGAAUGCUAACAAAACUGGGCAGAAAAAGAGAAAGUUGUCUGACAUGUUAGGACCUCAAUGGACAAAGGAAGAGCUAGAGAAUUUCUAUGAAGCAUAUCGUAAGUAUGGGAAAGAUUGGAAGAAGGUGGCUUCUGUAGUUCGUCACCGAUCUGUGGAAAUGGUGGAGGCCCUUUACUCUAUGAAUAAGGCCUAUUUAUCUCUUCCUGAGGGCGUUGCUUCUGUGGUUGGCCUAAUAGCAAUGAUGACUGACCACUACUGUAUACUGGGAGGAAGUGACAGUGAACAAGAAAACAAUGAGGAUGCAGAAACCUCUAGGAAACCCCAAAAGCAUGCAAGGUCAAAACUUCGGAGUGAGUCCUCAAAAGGAUUAGAAGGACAUAUUCCAGAUUUUUCAGAGUCCCAUCCAAUGGCAUCAACUAGUGACUGCUUGUCACUGCUGAAGAAUAGGCGCUCAGGAAUAAGGCCCCAUGCUGUUAAAAAAAGGACUCCUCGAGUCCCUGUUGCAUAUUCUAAUGAUCAAGAUAAUGGUAGAAAGUAUUCUUCACCUGCCAGGCAAGGUUUAAAACUCAAUGCAGAUGCUAACAAUAAUGAUGUUGCUCAUGAGAUAGCAUUGGCAUUGACUGAGGCCUCGCAUAGAGGUGGUUCUCCCUUAGUUUCUUGGACGCCUAAGAGAAAGGCCAAAGGCACUACACCAUCACCUGUUCGGAAUGGUGAAAGGAUGUGUGCAGAAUCAGAAAUGAUUAAUGCCAGGCUCCAUGGUUGUGAAAUGGAUGAGGGCGGUUGUGAAUUAAGCUUAGGUAGCACUGAAGCUGACAAUGAUUACUAUGACAGAAAUGAAAAGUAUGCAAUGGGUAGAGAAGGGACUGGUACUCUGGAAGUUCAGCAGAGAAGGAAGAGAUACUUUGUAAAGAAGAAAGAAGAUGACGAAAGUAAAAACAAACAUGUUGAGGACAUAAAAGAAGCUUGUAGUGGAACAGAGGAAGGACAGAAAUUAGGUGCUAUCAAAGGAAAACUUGAUACUAAAGUUGCGAAAAGUGCUAGGUCCUUCUACAAGGAUACAAGAAAGAAAAGUAAAAAAGCUCCGAUUGGAGGAGAUGAAGGCUCUCCCUUUGAUGCACUACAAACUCUGGCAGAUCUAUCCUUGAUGAUGCCUGAAGCUGCUGAUACAGAGUCAUCUGCACAUGUCAAGGAAGACAAUUUCAAUAUUGCUAACAAGUCUAAACUGAAAGGAAGUCGUCCAAUUCCUGGGGUUGAACAUGCUGCUUUUAAAACAUCUAAACCGGGCAAACUCGGAGAGGGAGUUCAUCAGUCUAAUAGUGGGCUGCAAAAAGGAAAGCAAAAGUCAUUGUCAUUUAAGAUAUAUAAUGAAGCUCAAACUGACUGCUAUGCGAGUGACAAUGAAAAGAUUGAGGCUACACUUGAGGUGAAGAAGUCCGCGAGUAAAGGUAAACGAUCUUCACAUUAUACGACACACCCAAAGCAAGGGAAAUUGGUGAAGAAGACUCUAUGGAAUGCAUCUUCUGCUACUGAUCGUAAAAGGGAAGAAAACAAUUCAGGUUUAUCAACUGUACAAGUUCCAUCUGCAAACCUAGCCAACUUACCUACGAAAAACAGGGGUAAAUGGGAGAUGGACAUGCAGAAAUCAUCAAUGCAGAAGGAUACAAAGUCUCCUGAGAGUGUUUUAGAUGACCAACCUGAUAAACUGGUUCCUUCAUUUCGUAACAGAGAACUAAAUAUUAAGGAAAAGCUUUCUAAUUGCUUAUCUCGGUAUCAAGUGCGGAGAUGGUGUGCUUUUGAAUGGUUUUACAGUGCAAUUGAUUACCCAUGGUUUGCUAAAAGGGAGUUUGUGGAAUACUUGGAUCAUGUUGGAUUGGGUCAUGUUCCAAGAUUAACUCGUGUUGAAUGGGGUGUAAUAAGGAGCUCCCUUGGCAGACCACGGAGAUUUUCUGAACAGUUUUUGAAGGAAGAAAAAGAGAAGCUUAAUCAGUACCGGGAAUCUGUUAGAACGCAUUAUGCUGAACUUAAUGCUGGUACAAGGGAUGGACUUCCGACUGACUUAGCUCGGCCCUUAUCAGUUGGACAGCAUGUCAUUGCUUUUCAUCCCAGGGCAAGAGAGAUCCACAAUGGAAUUGUACUAACCGUGGACCAUAGUAGGUGUUCUGUGCAGUUUGACCAGUCUGAACUAGGGGUUGAAUAUAUCAUGGAUGUUGAUUGCAUGCCUUUACAUCCAGCAGAAAAUUUACCUGCUUCUUUCAGAAAGCACAAUGUCACUGUCAACAAAUAUAUUGAGAACCUUAAGGAGCUCAAGAUUAAUGAACAACUGAAAGGAGGGACGACUAAAGGAUAUAUGAAGAUUUCCUCUAAUGACAAGCUGGUGAGCACUGCUGUUCCCGGUUAUAUUCUGCCAUCAAAUCAUCGUAUCAAUAAAUCAUCAAAGCAGACAGGGGUGAAGUCAUCAAGUUUUAAUGUGCAAGCUAAAGUUGGGCCUGGUGAAACUGCUAGUACACAAGUCGCAAAUUAUCAGCCUUCAAUUCCUGCACAGACCCAAGCAAAAGAAGCUGAUGUGCAAGCUAUAUAUGAGUUGACUCGUGCACUUGACAAAAAGGAAGCCGUGGUGUCUGAGUUGAGGCGCAUGAAUGAUGAGGUGUUUGAGAACCAAAGCGAUGAAGACAACUCUAUCAGGGAUUCUGAGCCCUUUAAAAAGGAAUAUGCUGCAGUACUCUUACAGUUGAGUCAAGUCAAUGACCAGGUUUCUUCUGCUCUUUUAUGCUUGAGACAACGCAAUACGUAUAGAGGGAGCUCCCCGCAUACAGUUGUGACGCCCGUGGACAAUUUAAGUGGCCCUGGUAGCCACUCAAACUCCUAUGGGUAUUCUUGUGAUGUUCAAGAAUCGGCAUCUCAUAUGCGUGAAAUUGUUGAAAGUUCAAGAGCAAAAGCUCACAAAAUGGUUGAUGCAGCUAUGCAGGCGUUUUCAUCCUUGAGGAAGGAAAAUAACUUUGACAAAAUUGAGGAGGUUAUAGACUUUGUAAGUAACCGGCUCUCAGAUGAUGCUGGCAUGCUAGCAAUGGGAUCUUCCACUACCCCUGCAGAUCCAAUUCCGUUUUCCCAGGAUCAGUUAACUUCCUGUACAUCAAAACCAUUGGCAACUGGGUGUGCACAUGAUCCUCCAAAGUCAAAUAAUCUAUCCAACCAAAGUGAAGAAAAACUCCUUUCAGACCUUAUUGUAAAUUGUGUAGCAGCUUUUAUGAUGAUUCAGACAUGUACAGCACGACAGUUUCCGCCAGCUGAUGUCGCCCAGGUAUUAGAUCAUGCCGUUACUAGUUUGCAGCCAUUUUGUCCCCAGAACCUUUCGGUUUACGGAGAAAUACAGAAGUGCAUGGGCAUUAUUAGGAAUCAGAUAAUGGCGCUCGUUCCUACAUAGUCACUCUGCCUAAAUAUGUAAUGUUCAAUGUUUGGUUUAUCACUAGAAUCAAUACAUGUAUAGAGGUAUCUUGAGCAUUUUGUAUGUAUAAACAUUAUCAGCACAUGAAGUUCAUGCUGUUUUUUGUGACGAGGUGGUAUAUAGUAUAAAAUAUAAAUGUUGUGAAAGAGAGUUUCUGUUAUUAAAAAA